UGGUUCCCGACCCGAGGAGGGUGUGCCGCGGUAUAAGGCUGGCCGUUCCCCGGACGCCUCAAACCAUGAGCCUCUUGCCCCUGAACGGAAUGCAUCCUAUUUGCUCUUAGCGGUUGCUUGACUGCGUGCAAAUAACCGUCUGUUUUGCUGAGUUGCAACCAGCGCUCGCCAGUAUGCCCGCCAUCGCUUCCAGCCUGGAUAUCCGAGGGCCCGACCCGCCGCGUGAGACCAGUAAAGAUAACGCGGCCCCCAGUACAACCAACACGGUGGUUUGGAUCGUGGCCGCUGUCGUGGGCGGGCUCAUCGUUGUUGGGGGUGUAGUCGCCUUCGUUCUCAUCAAGUACACCAAACGCCGUCAGCUCAGGAGGGACCAGGAACUCCACCCGUACUUGACAAAAAGCGAGAUCAUCAAGAGGCGAAAGAUGGAGAACACCGACCCGUUCCUGGAAUUAGAGUCGCACAGGAAGCGUAUGAUCAACAAGUCGCUGGCGACGCGGUCUUCAUACUCUGCGGGAAGCGGGUUCUCCGCGAUGGCGGACCAGAUCGACCGCGAACUGGCCGAGAUGGAACGGCAGGAGACGACCAAGCUGAAGGACGACUGGAAGAAGUGGGAAGCCAAAGUGCGACAGGAACGAUCAGGCCGCCGGCACCCCGCAACCACUGCAGCCAGCGAAGCGCCCAUUCUCAGCAUCCCCACGCCCGCGAAACACAAGUCACCUAGUCAGACGCCGUCCACCAGCCCCCCGUCACCGCCCUCUGAACAACGCCCUCCAACUUGAACAAGCAGCUAAGGAGAAGGAUCAAGAGAGAACCGCGGGUCGAGAAAACCUAACCUAGGCCGCCCGACUCACCAAGCCGAGAAUGGAUGGCCCCCCGAUCGGCCUAGGAGCCAUGGGUUGCGGCGCAUUAAGGCCCAUCC